UCGCUCACCUUCCAACCAUGAAUAAAUGAUUUCCAACUUCAAGAGUGGAGGGAGGCGAUGCGAUUUAACUAUUUUUGGAUUAAGUGUCUGCAGGUACCAGUCUCGGCGAUGCCACAGCUAGAGAACGUUGUGGAGGAUGCGUUUGGUCAGAUACUGAAAUCCUAUCCGGCUUUUAAAGAACCCAAUUCCCCCGAGUUGUUAAAUAUCAGGUUCGACUUGGUAUCCUCCGCAAGACUGCGGUUCAAACCAUGGUUAUGCGUGGACCUAGCUGAACAUGGAUAUGUGGAAUUGGAAGUCAUAGGGGCCGAUACACCAUGGUGUGCCUCGUGUAAACAAUUCUACCACUUUGCUGGAGACCCGUCAUGCCCAAAGAACAAAAAUCGGAACUCAAAGGGACAGGAGGGGCAAAACGUGGGGCGAAAAGGACCCAGUGGAGGGAAAAGUGGGCAGGAUGAGGGAUCCGGUGGGGGCAGAGAUAAGGAAAAGGGAGAAGAAAGGGAGAAGGAGCCAGAGAAGCGGCCAGAGAAAGAACAUGAAUCGGAGGGGGGAGACGGGAAAUCAGAAGGUAAUGAAGGUGACGAAGGCACCCGUCUGGGAAAAUCCAAAGGGGAGGACAGAAACACGGAAUCGAAUGUGAAGGGGAAAGAGAAGGACACACGGGGGAGAAAUCGAAGAGUGCUGGGGAGGAAACAGCAAAAAAAAGUAUACCGCGAAGUGCGAAAAGCCGCAGCCAAAGGGAAAGAGGUAAGCCAUAAGGACACAGAAGUGGAAGAAGCCACAAAGGGUGGAGAGAAAGAGGGAGAGAAACAACCAAUAGACGUCUCAGAACAGGAGGAAGGGAACGGAGGACAAGGGGGUGGCCAAGGGGAAGAGACAGUGGAAGAAAAAGGAAAAGACAAGAAGGAAUCCCCAGCACUACCUAUAGCAGAAAAGGAAGAAACCUCUGCCCUCCCUCUGAGGAGAAGGGGAUCUGUUUUGGAAGAAGGGGAGGAAAAAGAAACAUCAACCCCAACCCCACCCCCAACCCCACCCCCACCCCCACCCCCAUCCUCUACUCUCUCACCAGCGUCAAAACCCGAGGAGAUUCAAGAGGUAGGGAAGGACAUAAGGAGUGAAGCAGAAGGAAUGCAUACGGGGAUUGAAAAUGAAAGAGACCAACACCCCACCCCGAAGGGCAGCAGAAGGGAUUUUACAGAGACAAAAGGGGGAGGGGGAAUGAUUAAUUUAAUACAUGAAAGCAUGAUGACAAAGGACAAAUUUGCGGAGGAAGAGGGGUUGGGGGCAUCCGAAGGGUCGGAGGAGACAGAUAGUUCAGAGGAUACUGACCCUUCAGAGAACUCGAAGAGCCCCAGGGAAAGGUGGGAUGAAGACGAAGAAGAGGUAGGAACAAGGGGGGAGGAGGAAGGAAAGCAGGCGAACGGGGAAGAUUGGAAAUCAGAUGCGGACUCAGAGGAAGAGGCGGAAGAGGUUUUCCUGAGGGUGGUUGGGAAGUCAUUAUCCGGAGAAGGGAACGGUGAAGGGGAGGAGGAGGAGGACGAAGAGGUCAGGGAUGAUGGUAAUUCUAUAGUUUCGGAUACUCCAAAAACCAAAGAAAAUUUCGCAUUUAAAGAUUUUAGAAUUUAUACGAAUGACUCUUUUUUUCUUGACAAAGAGAAGCCCGGUCCUGUGCUUAGCACAUAAGGACAUAUGAAAGCUGAAUGGAAGGAGGUGGACGGGGAUAAAGGGGAGGAGGGUGGAUCGACCAAAGGAGGGGGAUUGACAGGCGCAGGGGAGAAGAAUCCAUUCAAUCGAUAUACAGGGAUAUAUCUUCAAGAAAGUAGCGGGCUGGAAUCCCCUUCCAAGAGGGCGAAAGAAAAUGACACCCCUGGGAUAGGGACUUCCAUGAAUGUGGCCGAGGAUGCUCAAAACACAGGUCCCCCAGAGGAGGAAUUUAAAGGGCAUAACCGGUCACUCCUUUGCAGAUCCUUGAGGAAGGAAUUGUCUCUGGCGGGCCCAAUGAGAACAAUAACGAGAGCAAUAAAAGACGGUGGACCCGCCAAGGAAUUCCUUACUCCCUUGAUCUGCUCAGAUACGGUGAAUGGAAUUAUGGUGCUCACACGCAUAACGCAGAAAGAGGGGCUCGAACUACCCGUGAUUCCCAUCACUACCACCCCCUCAGAUGAGGAAGUGAUAGAGCUCACCAAGAGGCACGUUCUCAAUCACAUGGGAAUAGUGGCUCGUAUCCCAACUAUUAAAAUGAACAGGUAUUUGUCUG